CCGUCUUGGUUACCGGGAUGAAGAUCGAGGAGGUGAAGAGCACCUCGAAGACUCAGCGCAUCGCCGCGCACAGCCAUGUCAAGGGCCUGGGGCUGGACGAGAGCGGGACGGCCAAGCCCGCAGCUGCCGGGCUGGUCGGGCAGGAAAACGCCCGGGAGGCUUGUGGUAUUAUUGUGGAAUUGAUCAAAAGCAAGAAGAUGGCUGGCAGAGCUGUAUUACUGGCAGGACCUCCUGGGACUGGCAAGACUGCUUUGGCUCUAGCUAUUGCUCAGGAGUUGGGUAGUAAGGUUCCCUUUUGCCCUAUGGUUGGAAGUGAGGUGUACUCUACAGAGAUAAAGAAAACAGAAGUCUUGAUGGAAAACUUCAGAAGAGCAAUUGGGUUGAGAAUAAAAGAAACCAAGGAAGUUUAUGAAGGUGAAGUCACAGAACUAACUCCUUGUGAGACUGAGAACCCUAUGGGAGGAUAUGGCAAAACCAUUAGUCAUGUCAUUAUAGGGCUCAAAACUGCAAAAGGAACAAAACAGCUAAAGGUAGACCCCAGCAUCUUUGAAAGUUUGCAAAAGGAAAGAGUGGAAGCUGGCGAUGUGAUUUACAUUGAAGCAAACAGUGGAGCUGUCAAGAGGCAAGGCAGAUGUGACACCUAUGCAACUGAAUUUGACCUUGAGGCUGAAGAAUAUGUUCCCUUGCCGAAGGGUGACGUCCACAAGAAGAAAGAAAUUAUUCAGGAUGUCACACUGCAUGACUUGGACGUGGCCAAUGCCCGGCCUCAGGGUGGGCAGGAUAUCCUCUCCAUGAUGGGACAGUUGAUGAAGCCUAAGAAAACUGAAAUCACAGACAAGCUCCGAGGAGAGAUCAACAAGGUGGUAAAUAAAUACAUUGAUCAAGGCAUUGCUGAGCUAGUCCCUGGUGUGCUCUUUGUGGAUGAGGUUCACAUGCUGGAUAUUGAGUGCUUCACAUAUUUGCACCGAGCACUGGAAUCUUCUAUUGCUCCGAUUGUCAUCUUUGCUUCCAACCGGGGGAACUGUGUAAUCAGGGGUACAGAAGAUAUACUCUCUCCUCAUGGAAUACCUCUGGACCUUCUGGACAGGGUGAUGAUAAUUAGGACUAUGCUGUAUACACCCCAAGAAAUGAAACAGAUCAUAAAGCUUCGCGCCCAAACAGAAAGUAUUAAUAUCAGUGAGGAAGCACUGAACCAUCUUGGGGAAAUUGGUACCAAAACGACUUUAAGGUACGCUGUGCAGUUACUCACGCCAGCCAAUCUGCUAGCAAAAAUAAAUGGAAAAGACAGCAUAGAAAAGGAACAUAUUGAAGAAAUAAAUGAACUGUUCUAUGAUGCUAAAUCAUCAGCAAAAAUCCUGGCUGAUCAACAGGAGAAAUACAUGAAGUGAAGCCAUUUGUUCCCCUUUUGUAGUCUUAAGAGUCUCAUUUUAACUCAAAGUGCUUGAAAGAAAAGCAAGCAAGAGAAAUGUUGAUUUUCAACUGAGAAGUAUGUGAAUACAAAAACACACUUUCAUAGUGGGAUGUAG